AUGGAAAACGCAGCUGAAAUCGAGAAGGCUAAAGGCAAGCGUACAACAGCUAAAGGAAGAUUCACAAGAAAGAAGAACUUCCUCACCAAGUCGAUAGACAACAACCAAGGCGUAGAAAUAGUUGAAACAAACUAUGCGAAACUCGCGGAAGCGUACGAUGAACUCGAAGGCAAACAUGAAGCCUACAUCGAGCUAUUGCCAGACGAUCAGUCUGAAGAAGCAGAAGUGUGGAUGACGGAAGUCCAAGAGAAGUUUAAUGAGGCGACCAAUCGCAAAAUCAAAUAUGUGGAACAAAUCACUGUGAAAGAAAGAUCAACACGUGCGUACGCGGAGCGUCAAGAAUACAUUGAUAAAGCACGAACAAGACAGAAAACAGCGCGCGCAGUUUUCGAAGCUUCAUACAAAAUUAUCUCGCACGCGCUGCAAUCUAAAGAAAUUCCCAAUUUUGCAUUGAGAGAUUUACAAAUGCAAAUUGAAGAAGAAUUUUUGGAAUGCAAACGAUCAAACGCAGAACUGCUACAAUUAUUAACUCAAGACUCAGCAGAAGCUGAAAUAAAUUGGAUCGCUACAAUCCAAACCUGUUAUCAUGAAAUAAAGGAGAAAAUAGCGCUAAGCUACACUAAUGUGGAAGAAGCUAAAGAAACAAAGCGGGAGUCUACCGCCUCAGCUUCCUUUCUACAACUAGAAAAAGUACGAAUGCCUCACUUUGACGGAGAACUGCGCAAGUAUCCGCAAUUUAAAAGAGAUUUCCAGAAGCAAGUUAUGACUCAAAUCCGAAAAGGUGACGCAGCGUACGUCCUACGCACCUGUCUUAAGGGGGAGCCAGCGAGAUUGGUGAACUGCGUAGACGACGACAUAGACGAGAUGUGGCAUCGUUUAGACGACAAAUAUGGAGACCCAGCCAAAGUUGCCGAUGUCAUCAUUGACGAAAUAAAGCGAUUUAGAAUGCUCAGAGAAGGAGAAGAUAAACGCUUUAUAGAAUUUGUAACCCUCAUAGAGGAUGGUUAUCGUAACCUAAAAGGACUCGGCUUGGAAACAGAGAUCACAACCACAAGUUCAGUCAGCGUAAUUGAGAAAGCGCUCCCGUCAGAUAUCAAACGGAAAUGGUCCGAACGGGUAAGCUCUCGUGACAGUCUUGUUGAUAAAAGCAACAAAUUUCCAAGUCUUCUCGACUUUCUACAGAGUCAAAGGGAUGCCAUUGAAUACGAAAGUGCUACACUCCGUGCAGGAAGCAGCAACCAAUAUCACAAGGGCGCAGCACAUUACUCGGAGGGUAUCACAGUUGGAAAAGACGAAAGUACCAAAGAACCUAGGCCUAAUUGUCUGAUUCACGAGAAUGGUAAGCACUGGACGUCAAAUUGCCGACUUUAUCAAGCUAAGACAGUUGACGAAAAAAGGGAUUUUCUCAAAGAAAAGCAAGCAUGCUGGGCUUGUCUUAAGCCUGGUCACAGGCAGCGGACUUGUAGGAUAAAAAGAGAUUGCGGCGUGAAUGGCUGCACGAGGAAACAUCAUCCAUCAAUUCACGAAAACGAUGAAAGUACACCCCAGCAAGCUUCUGCCUCCGCCAAUGUAUGCAGCGACUCCAACGUCGAUACAUGUCUCCUCCAAGUACAGAGAGUAAAAACCAGGAAGGGGACAGCUAAUGUAAUGUGGGACAACGCAGCCUCACUUUGCUUCAUAACCAACGCCAAAGCGAAACAAGAGAAACUCAGUGGAGUCAAAGUGAAUCUUUCAAUAGUGAAGAUAGGAGGGCAGAACGAGGAAAUCGAAACAAUGAAAUACAAGCUACCACUUUUGGACAAGCGAGGUCAAGCCGUGGAAUUCGAAGUAUAUGGGAUCAACAAAAUCACCUCUGAUAUCGAGCAUGUAAACAUAGAAAGCAUCGCCCACCUAUUUAGAAACGCUUCAAAGGAUGAAAUAGCGCGACCCGCUGGUCCAGUUGAUGUGUUGAUCGGUUAUGAAUACGCUGCCUUUCACCCGGAAAGGGAACAGAAUAAUGGGCAUCUUGUACUACUGAAAAAUCGUUUUGGAAGAUGCGUUGGAGGAACUCACCCACUGCUUAAAGAAACGUGCAUGACCCAUAAUCUUGGAAACGCGAGAGUACACUUUGUAGGCAAAGUCAAUGUCGAAGAUUUUUACACUAUCGAGGCACUUGGUGUACAGUGCAAACCGAAGUGCGGGGGAUGCAAGUGCGGAAAAUGCUCCUUGGGCGCCAAAGAUUAUACCAUACAGGAAGAAAGGGAACUGGAGUUAAUUGAGCGGAAUUUACGUUUCAAGAGUGAAGACAACUCAUGGACCGCUGAAUACCCCUGGAUAAAAGACCCCCAUAAGCUUCCUAACAACCGCAAAGUAGCGAUGGCGAAAUUAGCUGCUACCGAACGACGACUCAGAAAGAACGCAGAUCACGCGAAAGUGUAUGACGAACAGAUAAAGGACAUGGUGGCCAGAAAUGUGGCAAGAAAGCUAUCCGAGGAAGAAUUAACAAACUACACAGGCCCUACGCAUUACAUUGCUCAUCACGAAGUACUCAAACCAGAAUCGAAAUCUACUCCAGUCCGUAUAGUUUUCAACAGCAGUGCGAACUAUAUGGGGCACGUAUUAAACGAGUAUUGGGCAAAGGGUCCUGACUUGUUCAAUAACUUGUUAGGCGUCUUGAUACGCUUUAGAGAGAACAGAGUUGCUUUCAUGGGAGACAUUAGGAAAAUGUACCACACAGUGAAAACGUCGGAGUUAGACCAACAUACUCACCGAUUUCUUUGGCGCGACAUGGAUAGUACGAGAGAACCAGACACCUAUAUAAUACAGCGAGUGUCAUUUGGAGAUAAACCGUCCGGCACGAUCGCCACUGUAGCAUUGAGAAAAACGGCAGAGAUGAUGUGCAAGAAUUAUCCGGAAGCAGCAGACAUAAUUCAAACCAACACUUACAUGGACGAUAUCAUCGAAAGCAAAGAUAACAUUGCACUGGCCCGUGACCUUAGCCAAGACAUAGAGAAAGCUAUUAUUAAAGGAGGAUUUCAAGUUAAAGAGUGGAUAUUCUCAGGACAUAUUAACAAGCAAGAAGAAACGAUCAUGGUACAGACACCGCAUACGUCGACCGAAAAGAUACUUGGGAUCAAAUGGAAUCCAUGUGAAGAUCAGCUAUGUUUUGAAGUCAAGAUCAAGUUCUCACCAAAAGGAAAGAGACAUGCUUUACAAACAAAUAACGUAACCACAGAUUUUCCCCCUCAACAACUCACGAAGAGGAUGAUUCUCUCACAGAUCAAUAGUGUAUAUGAUCCUCUCGGACUAGCUGGACCGUUCACUGUAAGAGCGAAGAUUCUAAUGCGGCACUUAUGGGGAAGUGAACAGAAGCUUGACUGGGAUGAUCCCAUUCCUGAAGAGAAUAGAGAGAACUGGAUAACCUUCUUCAAAGAUUUAAAAGACAUGGAUCAAGUACGAUUCAUGAGAUGCGUGAAGCCGUCGGAUGCAGUUGGAGAACCUAUUCUCAUUAUAUUUAGUGAUACAUCUCAAGACGCCUACGCUGCAUGCGCGUAUGUACGCUGGGAACGGAAAAAUGGUCAAUUUGAAAGUAACUUGAUCAUCUCUAAGAAUCGCCUAGCUCCAAUCAAAAAAAUAUCUAUCGAUCGUAUCGAACUAUGUGACAAAUUUAUAGUGAAUUAUGUGUUUCAGCCUCGCUUUCAUGCGUAA